AAAUGUGAACAUAUGCAGAUUAGUCUAAUGCAGUCAGAGAGCUGAGGAGUUGUUCGCUUUUCGUGUUUGUGGACGGACAGCGCAUUCACGUUGUUUUUUUUUGAACACGGACGAGGCGAGUUGAUUGCUUCCACAUAAAAUGCACCGAAAGAGCCCGCAGGUGUCGGAGCGGGAGCCGGAGGCCCCGGUUUUAUCCUCCUUCCCGGUGGUUCUGAAGAAUCUUCUGGAGAACCCGCCGCAGAAGCUGUUGGAGAGCGAGAGCGAGGGUAAGGACGAGGGCAAAGAGAAGAAUGUGGAUGAAGCAGCCAGCAGCACCACAGCUCCCUCUGCCUCCCUCAUGCCAACCAUCUGGGAUAAGACUAUUCCCUAUGAUGGUGAGACCUUCCACCUUGAGUACAUGGAUCUGGAUGAAUUCCUCUUGGAAAAUGGCAUUCCAGAUGGCUCAAGCCAGUUUGAACUGCAGGAAGAAUUGCAUGAUGGCCUCUUGCCAGUGGCAGAGCUGGAAGAGAGAGUAUCGUCUCCUACGUUGUCGUCGUCAGGAUCUCCAAUGCAUUCUAAAGUGGAGAGUGAUGCUCUCAUUCUGGAAACGGGUGGGAAGAAAUCUGAACGGAAUACUCCAAACUCUGACCUGGAAGAAGUUGAUGUUCUGGUGAAUUUUGAACCUGACCCUAGUGACCUGGCACUCUCAAGUGUUCCAGGAGGAGAACUCUUUAAUCCGCGGAAGCACAAGUUCAGUGAUGAGGAACUCAAACCACAGCCGAUGAUUAAAAAAGCAAAAAAGGUCUAUGUAUCACCUGAUCAAAAGGACGAUCGCUACUGGGCAAGACGCAAGAAGAAUAACGUGGCAGCAAAACGUUCACGUGAUGCCCGGAGACUGAAGGAGAAUCAGAUCAUAGUGCGAGCAGCCUUCCUAGAGAAGGAAAACUCAGCCCUGAGGCUGGAGGUAGUUGAGCUGCGUAAGGAGGUGGCACGGUACAAGAGUAUCAUCUCCAAAUACCGACCUCAGUAAGAGACCCUCAGUUCUGGUGGGGGUGUGUGGUGUCAGAGUUUUUUUUUAAAUAAAAUUCUCUUUAAAGGGACAGUAACUUACAAAAGAGCACAGCUAACUUCUUAGUCACUUCUUCACCCGAAGAAAAUCAAAUUGAAUGGCUUUUAUUUUGAACAUCCAAAUAUAUUAAUGAAGUAUUGAUCCUCCUUUCUCCCAUCUUUAUAUUGUAUUGAAUAAAUCUCGCUACUAUUUAGGUGGCUAUCUGGGUCAGCCUGUCAAAACAGUAAUCACUUGCUGGGGAGAUGAGGGUUUGAUUUUUGGAGGAAUGAUGUUAAAUUGGCCUGGAGCUGGUGCCAUCACAACUCAUCCUUUAGAGUACUGCACUGCUUCAUUCAUGUCAUUCAUGCUGUAGAAGCUUAGGCAAUGACCUCGUAAAUGCUCAUUAAAUGCUGGAAUAUGCCCUUUCAGAAGAGAAACUAAGAACACAGUAGGAAUCAGCCCCCUGCUCCUGCUGUGCCAUUCAGUAACAAUCCCGCCCUAUUCCCCCACUCCUAUUAGUGUCCAGAAAUCUGCCUUGUGACUGAUGUACUUUAGCCUAAUGGAAUCCUUUUACUUUGUCCUGGCGUGUGGUGCCAGUUUACUUUCUUCCCUACACAGAUUGGGGUUUCCCUCAGUCUGUGUAGGAUGUAUAUGGAAUCAGCCAGCACCCUUACAGUUCUGAAGCUAGCAUAAGCAGUUCUGGACCAGGAGCUUUUCCACUGUAGCAUAGAGAAACAUAGGCACUUGCCUUCUGACUCUGGCACUUUGUCUUUUAUUCUAACGUACUUGCACUAUUAAUGGGCCUCAAAUCCCCACCGGCUGAAUGAAUGGUGGAGAAGUAUCUUCAGAAAGAUAAUUCUAGCACAAGCAUGGAAGCACAUUGAGAUCUUCACACCAGAGAGCUGAAUCAAUUGUCACGGCAGCAGACUCAUUGAGAGUUGUACAUCUUUUAAUUAUUUUUGUCUCAUCAAGUUCUCACAUGGUGUACAUUUUGCUGAAUUUAGAGGUGUGGGAUUUGAAGUGGAAAUUCUGCUCAUUAUAGUAUCUAACUAGCUGUGGCACAGAUCUUACUGUGUCCCUUUUAUUUCAAGUGGUCCAUGAAACUUGGAAUAAUUCAACUAAGAUUUGGACUGAGAAUCAGGCAAAUGAUAUAAGCAAGGAGAAACUGAACUUUUAAUUUAAUAAAAGUUUGUAUUCUGAGUGUUGCUGGGUGAAGGAUGUGUUGUAUCAUUUAUACGUCCUUAUCCCUCUUUUCUUCCCUGCAUUCUAUUUCUAAACCUUCUCAGGUUGCAGAGCAGCUUUCAGUGUGGGUCACCUUUUUAAACUUGCUGAUACCACCUGGGGUCAACAUUUGCUGCUGCAAGCACAUUUGCAUUCUGUGCAUUAUUUUAAAAAUCAUUCCUUUCUGGUUGGAAUCCAAUGUGCUUCUUUCUACUCCUUUCUAAAAAAAACAGUUAACACUUUUCAAAGAUGAUGAUUGUGAUUGUGUAGAAUACAGAAAAAGCUUGGUGUUGCGCAAAAUGAAAUCUCCUCCCUUGACCAUCAAAGGGAAGUAACCUUUCUCUUGGGCAUGCUGUUGCACUGGCAGCAGGAAUUGUUCAGGAGCUGUACAAUUUUAAUUCUGUUUGAGACAUCAGUUUUAAACUUUGGCUUUUUAUCUUAACGUUCGUAUUACCCAGCGUUGGGAUGGAGUAACUUUCCAAUGACACUCUCUUCUUUGUUAAAAAGAGAAAUUGUUCUAAAAUUGAUACGACUAAUGGAUCUCCCUCAGCCUUGUGCACAGAAUCGUAACCUAAAUGAACCGUGGGCAGAGGGCAAGGGACAGUUGGAUCAGGGUACAAAGAUGUAAUACAUUUGCAAUUUUUAAAGUUGUAUAUUUUAUUGUAUUUCCAUUGUUCAGGUUGCAAUGGAAACAUGUAAAUGUGACAAGUAGGAAGUUAUAUUAAACUAAUGCUUAAAAUCUUGGAAUACUGCACAUUUCUGGUCUCCAUUUGAUAAUCAUAUAGAGGCAGUGAAGAAGGUGCAAGAAAUAAUUCUGCAGGAUAAUACUGGAAUUGACUUAUAACUUACCCAGAAAGGCUGAAUAUCUUUGUGCUGUUUUCGUUAAAAAGACCAGGCAGAGGAAAGCCUUUAAGAAUCAUGAAAGUAUAUAUAUAUAUGGAAGAGGAGUGUGGUUAGAAUGUGGGACUUGCUGCCAAGAGGGGUAGUUGGGUGAGAAGAAUGGAUGGAUUUAAGAAGAUGAUAGAUAAACUCAUGAGAGAGAAGGGAUAGAAGGUUGUGCUUUUUUUAAGUAUUUAAUCAUGCAACUUGUUUUUCCAGGACAAAGUUCUGCCCUUAAGAUUUCUCCUCCACAUUCUUACCUUGCUCACCUUAGUCACUUUUUGUUUUCCUUCUCAUUUUUGAUCAGUUUUCUACCAAACAGCAGCUACAUCUCUUUUCUUCAGCCACUGUCUCCACCUUUGAUUUACUCCAUUUGGACUUCAACUGAAUUUCCAUCCUCACAUUCCAAAAUAUUAAUUCCAUAAACCACUGCUUUCACUCACAUCCUGAGAUCCAGUCUUGAUGCUAUGUAUGCUACAUAGAUGUACUUGCCCCUCCCUCUUCAGUAGCACUGUCCUUUGAUUUCAUCCUUCACGUCAUCUGACACUUCAAUGAGACUUCUUUACUUUUUAUUUCUGAAGAAAUCCAAACUUCAGCAGUAGUCCUUUGAGUCCCUAUUCCCUUCAAAUCUCACCUUUCACCAUGUUUCCAACAUCUACUCCACAGUAAACAGCACUGUCUCAACAUUAGCAUGCUUCCAUUACACCCUGACCUCCAUGAACGUAGAAUUCACUAUAGUAGAGUUUUUGUGGCUUCACUUUCCUGCUCACAUUGUUUGUUUGCCAAGAGCUCCCACUGCCUUUUAUGCUCCAUAUUGCUCUCAUUCCCAUCCUUUCUCUGGUUUUUGCAAUUUUUGUUUCACCUGGACACCUCCCUCUUCCCCCUGUCUUCCCUUCAUUGAAGGCCACAGUGGUGACAUCAACUAUCUCAAAUUCCCUGUUCCUCUCUCGUAUUCUAAACUGUCUCCCACUGAAACUACAGCUUCUGUUCUUUCUGGUCCUGCCCUGAUUUUGUCAUUAAACCUGCUGACUUAGGGUGGUGUGAUUAUUGUACAAAUCAGCAUCAACCUUGCUGAAGCAAAACAUCAAUCCUGAGACUUACCACUGCUCCAUGGCGCCAUCUUUAAACAUCAAACCAUUGUUUCCAGGAUUAUGACUGACCUAAUUUUCUCAGGAGAUCUUCCCUCCACAGCCUCCAACUUUCUCGUUUUCCCAAAUUACAAACUUCUACCUUCUUCUUAAGAUCUGCAAUCAGGCCUGUUGUAGUAAAUCCAUAGUUUCAGUCUGUUGUCACCUGGUUUCGUCUGUUGUUUAUACUGGUUUUCUUUCUUUUUUAUCAACUCUUCAUCUCCAACCCAUCCUUUUCUCACCUUCAUCCGUGACUCAUCUGAUGUCCUUGUCACUUGUAAACAUUCUCUGUUCUAACAUUCUCCUCUUCACAGAUGCCCAAUCUCUCCACACCGUGUCUAAGAUACAAUCUGACUGCUUUUUCCUUUAUCGGUGGCCCCACCAGUCGUCUCCGCCUGGCUGAUUUGUUCUUGAAUUGAAUAACUUCUCCAUUUACUGUACUCCCCUUUACUAUCCAGUAUUUCUUUGAGAAGCUAUAAUGGUCCUAAUUAGCGUGCCUGUUUGUAGAAUGUGUGAUAUGUGGAAAAGAAAUAUUAUUUGUUCCAGCCCCACCCAUCUCAAGCACCCCAACCACCAUCGUAUGCAUCUCUCUUCUAGUACCUUGAUUAUAUCAGACCCAUCUCCUCCUGCUCCCAACUUAAAAACUAUUUCAACUUUGCUACUAGUCUCUGCUUUCCCUUACCUUCGUGUGGUCCAUCUUUGACAUUUUUUCCAUUUCCUUUCCUUCCCUUCCUCAACGUGUCUCCAUUUCUGUGGGUUUAACUAUUGACUGUUAUUCACCAUGAACCCACUAACUCUCUCAGCAACUUUUGACCAUACUUCCUCCCAUUCCACCUCUCAUAGGAUUGUACACCAUUAUCCUGGUUUUCCAGUCUCUGUUGCAUCUGUUCUAAUGAUGCUGAUAACUUCUCUGCUUACCAACCAAGCAUUUCCAUUUGUCGUAGUUGAUAAGGCUCUCAAGCAUGACCGUUCUGAUUCUGCACCAGUGUAUCUCAAGCCACUGCUCCAGGUCAAUAAGUUGGUAUCCAUUAGCAUCAUCAGUGUAGGUUUGGAAUGAGAAAUUGGCACCUGUUUGGCUCACAGGUAUAUGUACAUUGUUGCUGAAAUCAGUGUGUACGUGAUGUUUGCUACCUCUCUGGCUGUACACUUGCCAUUUUUUCCUUGGCAUACUGCUUACUGUCUCCUGUCACGCUCCCAGCUUCUCUCUGUCUCCAUUCCACUAGCUGUCCCACACCCUCACUAAAAGUGAGGAAGCAGGAUUGCAAGCAGGAUGGUUGCAGUGAGGGACCACAAGUGAAAUGGCCAGAGAGGUAACAAGUGGGGCAGCAAGUAAAAUUUGAAAUCCCAGUAUCUGAUUUUAAUCAAUAUAGAACAUUUGCAAAAUGCAUUACUGAUAUCACACUUGCUAAAACACUUUGCAUUGAUUCUUGUUACAAAUGUUCCUGUUUUUUAAUUCUGGAAGCCAUUUGCUGCAUUAGCUAUACAUGAACAGUGACUGUACGGACAGUAAUCGUGUACAGUUGAAGUGCCAGCAAAUGCAGCCUUCCUGCACAACUCCUCGUGCCCUUUCCUUCACAUCCUAAACCCUGUGUUCUCUCCUUCAACCCCAGCAAGUCCAUAUUCAAUGUGUGAUUUCCCCACCACUACUUCUCCCAUUUCUAGUAAGAUUCCACUGCAGAAUACAUCUUUCCCUCCCCUUUCAGCAUUCCAAGGAGAAUGUAUUUCCUUUCCAGCUUCCUGUCCAAUUGUCACGCAGUCCCUCUCCUCUGGAGCAAGCACAGCAGAUGUAGCACUUGCCCUUUUAUCUCCUCCCUUCCCGUUGUUUGGAGCCCCUGUAUAUUUUAGUAGACUGCAUUCACUGCUCAGUGUAGACCUGCCUAUAGAGGAGGAGAUGUUGCAGGUUGGGUGGCUACUUUGUAGAGUAUUUCCAUUCUGUCCACAAGUGUGACACUGAACUGCUAGUUGUCUUAUUUUAAAUUCUUGUUCUGAACGCUCUCCUCAGCCUCCAGUGCUGUUCUGAUGAAGUAGAGGUGCAGUGUUGGACUGGGGAAGACAUGGUCAGAAAUCACACGACACCAGGUUAUAGUCCAGCAAAUAGAGGAAGCAGAAUGGAAGCACUCUGAGAUAGGGCAGGAGGAGAGAAAUCAAACGACAAGUAGGGAUG